AUGGAUGCUGGCGAUGGCGAUGGCGAUGACGAUGAUGAUGACGACGACGACGACGACGAGGGACGGGCGAGCGAACGGCCGGGGGGAGACGAGGGCGUGGAUGACGUGCGUCGACGGGGGGGGGGGCGCCGGCGCGCGCCGACGCCGGGAGAAGGAAGCCGGGCGCGCGCGGCGCGCGUGACGGCGACGACGAGCGACGACGACGACGACGACGACGACGAUGACGGCGCGGGCGCGGGACGGACGCGGGCGCGGAAACGUGAGAUCGGUGGGUUGGCGGUGUGGAGCGUGGCGAGCGCGAAACCGGGGAACGGGGUGGAGAUGUUGAGAGACGACGAUUUGGGAACGUUUUGGCAGAGCGACGGAGCGCAGCCGCACGUGGUGAACGCGCAGUUUCAGCAUAAAGUUGAGAUCUGCGAACUCGCGAUGUGGUGCGAGUAUAAAAUGGAUGAGAGUUACACGCCGAGUGUGAUCUCCAUUCGAGCGGGGGCGUCGUGUCACGAUUUGAGAGAGGUUCGAUGCGUCGAGUUGGAAAAUCCAAACGGUUGGGUGCGCGUGCGGCUUCGAGGCCCCGACGACGCGUCGUACCUCCGAGCGUACUUCGUCCAGAUAGCCAUCUUAGCGAAUCACCAGAACGGGCGGGAUACACACGUGCGGCAGAUCAAAAUUUUCGGCCCGAGGCGAGACCAAGCGCGCGCGCUCGGACGGUCUCUGCAGCUCGAUUUGCGCUCGCCCGCGUUUUCGCAAUACGCCGGCGUGCGCUAG